GACGGGCACAAACAGGACAGUUUCCUUGAGGAGGAACAGAGCUGCUGGGAACAGAACCCUGGUGUUCAAGGGGCCCAGGCCUUCCAGAGGCCCAGCAGAAAGAUCCCUGAGAGAGCCUCCUGCCAAAGAAGCUGCAGAAGUGUCCCGUCCUUUCCUGAACUGGACUUUUCACAACGAGGACCUGAAGCUGGAGUUUGUGAUCUGAAAUGUACCGAGUCCCCCACCUAACCACCUCUUGGGCUGAAAGGGACCUGCAGAGAGCCUGGGAGAAAAGCUACCAGGAACACAGGAAAAAGGUCCUGAAUGCCCAGCCACUAGUGGACACUCACCCACCGCAGAAUUACAGCCACCUCCACCUAAAGUUCAAGAAGCUGAAGAUGGAGGAAGAAAGACUCUCCGUCAUCGACAGAGACAACUGCCUGCUUCUGCAGAGAGUGGCCUCCGCCAUGAAAACCAGGCGACAGACUGAUGGCCAAAAUGACCUCACACAGAGUCUAAACAGGAAGACAAGAGAACAGGCUCUUAUGAACGCACAGAAACAAAAUAAAGUCAUUCGGGAGAGAAACAGAAGCACAGAGCCCUGGAAUGGAGCAGAAAGAUGGCGGGAGGGCUCGGCAGCCAUGGCCAGACGUCCCUGCAAAGGCAGACACCUGGAGAAAAGGAGCUGAAAUUGAUGCCCAGCAAGGGCACAGCCUCGUCAGGAUGCCCAACCUGAAGUAGAUGGGGUGAGGAUUCAGAACCCAACCACUGAAAAAAGACCAGAGCCCAGAAGCAGUGAUGGGGCCUUCCUGUGCUCUCCUUGGGGUGGGGGUGGGCUGGCUGUGUGCAGGUCUUAGGGACGGUGGCCUAGCAUCUGUGGCCAAGCUGGCUUCAUAUGUGCCUCCUGGGACAGCUGUGGGAGCUGUGACACAGCACUCGGGGCUUUGUGGUCACGACCUGCACCAGAUGACACAGCACAGUUAUUUACUGUGUUUCUUGGACUGAUAACCAAAAACAAAAUAUGCAGAGUAACACCGGAAGUUACAGGACUUUGAAAUAGACUUUUUAUUUUUCUCUUGCUGUUAAUACUUUUCUGAGUUACCAUGAGUUGGGAUGGUUGUAUGUAAUUCCCAUGAACAAAACAACAACAACAACAAAAACCCUUUGUGACUGUCAUUUUACCAAAUAUGUAAAUAAAUCAAAUUGAAAUCCAUGACCUAAGAGUUAAGGACCCUUUGUCCUUAACUCUUGAUUGUCUUACAGAGCAAUCAAGGCAUGUCUGAGAGUCUGAAAUCUGACUAUUUUCCCUGUCUUGAGGUAAGAUCACAUUUAAACUAGUAUAUAACAAUGAGCUCCUAGCCUAUCUGCCUCAACUGUAACUUAAAAAAAAAAAAAAAAAAAAACAAAAAACAAAAAACAAACUCAUUGCACACUUUCAUCUACUCAUCCAGUGACGUCCUGUGAAGGGUCUGGGACCUCAGAAGUCAUGGGGGUGCAUGCUCUAUGUAAGCUCCCUUUCAGAGGAGACAUGUCUAAUUACUCUUCAUUAUGACUCUGUGUGUGUGUGUGUGUGUGUGUGUAGCCAAAUUUCAUAUCUUUAUGCACAAACCCUUGAAUGUACACGUGAAGGUCAGUAGUAUAAUGCUGUCGCCCCAGACUCUAAAGAAACCCCUCAGUAUAUCCUAGAGGGUGUAAGAAUAAUCUAAGAGCCAGAGGAUAGGGAAAUAUGCAGCAAGAAGACAAUUUGCUGGCCAUGACAUAACUGUACUCGUGAACUCACCAUAGCUAUGGUUAUCUACACAAGACCUGCAAGACACUGGGCUAGUAUGCAUUGUAAUGGAACUUUUGGUUUCUUUAAAACUCAAUUAUGUUGUGUAAAUGUGUCUUUGGUUUUAAUCCCAAGUGUGGUGUUUUAGUUUGGGCUUUAGUCUAUCCACAGCUGACAAUUGUCUCCUGUAGGAUGUGGUCUUUGCCAGCUGGUGAUGGCCUGCCUCGUGCAGCACUGAGAGGGGUGUGGACUAGAACUCUGAGGGACGUAAAUAUGAGAGCCCAGAAAGAGAGGGUGUGGCAGUUUGAAGAGACCAGAGCUGAAUGAUUUGUCGGCUUGAAGACGGAGAGAAAUAUUUCAACACAGCUGCUUUGAGGAGACUGCUUGCUGCUUUUGCUGUUGGUUGGAGAUUGAUACAGCCCUAAAAGAACCCAUUGACCCUAAACAGCCAGGAUAACUGAAAGGUUCUGCACCCCCUCUCCCUACUAACCUUCUCUGCCCUACCUAGGUUGGGAGAUUGGAAGGAAGGGGCUUUAAGGAGCCCCAAAUAAAACAGAAUUUAGAAAAGAGUGCUAUGCUUCAUUUAACUACUGAUAGAGAAGGAGCCUAUGAGGCUCCAGCCUUCCCUGAAGGGCUACUGGAAUGGGUGCUGAGGAAGGGGAGUGUCAUUUUCUUCAGUAGUGUAGCUCCAGGCAACAACUUCCCAUGUAUACAAGUAGCCCUAAUUCAACAAAGUGGCCUACACACACACACACAAGAUAUGAAAGGGGCUGGAGAGAUAGCUCAGUGGUUAGGUCCAUUUUUCCAGAGGACCCAGGUUUUCUUUCCAGAACCCACACAGUUCUCCAGUUCCAGGACACCACACACCCUCUUCUAGCUUCCUCGAGCACCGUAGGCAUGUGGUUCAUAGAGAGACGUGCAACCAAACCCUCAUAAACAUCAAAUGAAAAUGAAAUAAAUCCUUACAAGAAGAUGCAAGUAGGAAGAAGGGCUUCAGUGGCAGAGGAAGUGGGAUGAGAGAGGAUAACAGGGGGCAAUAAAACACCUCAAGUGUAUUCUAUAUUGUCAAAGAAUUUUUUAAAUUUUUUAAAAUGUUUCAAGAUUAUAUCCACUUACCAAGUGCAUCGUUUGCUGAGUCAGCAGUCCUGGGCAGCAUUAGACCUGGGCUGCUAUUUUGUGAGAUUCUUCAGGCUAUGAAAUUUAACUUGAGAUAACCUUUGAUUUCCCAUGGAUCUUCACAGGAUCAUCUUCAGGAAGUGGCCUGAAGAUCAUCACCUAAUCUUCAUGCAAAACCUGAUUUUCAUAUCGCUGCUUAAACCCGACACAGAGUAGUGGGAGGGGACCGAAGCUGCAUCUCUACUGACGUCUGCUCUGUUCUGUGUUUUUGUCUGCAUGUCAACUUGCACCUCUGGCACAUGUAUGUACCAUUCUCUGUACAGUCUAGAACAGAACUCCUCUGUCGCACAUGCGGCCCACAGUCCUGGUCACUGUCAUUAAAAUAACGACUAUAUCUAUGACCCUGCCGCCUUUAUCUAUACUGAUUCCCUCCCUGCUCAGAGGUCUGGUUUUUCAGCAGAGGGGACUCUCCUGCCCACUGUGCCCUCUGUACUGUCACACUGCAGUCAGCAGGGAAGAGGCCUCACUCUUGCGCAGACAGCAUCCACAGCACGCCAGGAAGAGAGCGCACGUGAAGCCUCGCUCAGGACCUCCCUCAGACAUCCAGCCUGUCUCUGUUCUCGCCUCCUUCUUCAUGUCUCUACUGCUCUUCCUCCUCUCUUUCCCGUGUGAUAAACACGCCCUCCUGCUACCCUCUGUGCUUCUGUUCAGGUCCCUACCCUGCACCUCAUACUUACCGAAGUCGGAGUGUGACGCGAAGCUGGUCAGCAGUACAGCCACUGUGCUUCCGAGUCAGAGCCCUUCCCAGGUUCUACACCAUGCUGGAGGUGCUAAGCUGUGCUAACAAAAUGCAAAUAUCUGAGAUGCCAAUAGUUGGGGUUGGGAGAAGAGUCCACUGUGGUGGUAUAAAUAUGUUUUUGUUUGGUCCCAGGUGUGGGAUGUGGGGCUGAUUCAGAUGGUCCACAGCAGCAGACUAUUUUCCUCAUGCGGGCUCUGACAGGAGCUCUUUGCCAGCUGCAGAUAGUUUAAAUCUGAGCACUCUGGAAAGAGAAUAAAUGCCAGAGUCUAGAGAGUGUGGAGCUAAGAGAAAGAACAAGGCUGCCCCUGUUUCUCUCUUUCUGCUCCUGGUUGCUGUUGCGAGACAAGAAGUUGGAGAUCUCCUGAAACCAGGACUGGACUGGCUCCAAGGAACCUGAAGACCCUAACUAGCAGGAAGCAGCUAAGAGAACUGUGCCCCCUCUCCCACUAACCCUUUCUCUCUCCUACCUGGUGUUGGAAUGUUGGAAGGGUUUGGGGUGGAGUAGGGAAAAAAAAGAUAAGAAAUGUAAAUAAAAGAGUUUAUUAAAAAGCA